AUGGCUGAACAUAAUUCAACAGCAGAAAGUCAUCACCAUGCAUCUUCAGCACAUGAUGACACCCAUGUCCUUGAAGGUGAAAAACAUGAGACAAAUCAAAAUGAUUCAAAUGUAGUAACAACCACUGAAAGUCAUCAUGAAAAAGGACAAUCAUUUACUGAAGAUCCAAAUGAUUCUGUUGCAUCUGUAACUCGUAAACUUGAUGAUAUUCAUGUCACAGUUGAGAAUGACUCAACAGCAUCUGCCAUGCAUGAAACUGAAGCAACAUCAAUGAAUAUAACCAAUACUGAUGAAGUCAAAGAUAAGGUCAACGAAGUAAUUGCUACAACUGAUAAUAAACCUAAUGAAGUAGCACAUGUAACAAGUGAAACAAUAAAUGAAUUAGAAAAAGAUUCAGUAACUGCUGCUCAUGAUACUCAAGAAAAAGUUGAAGAAGCAGCAGAUCAUGUUCAAGAAAAAGCUGAAGAAUUAGCACAUAAUACUGAAGAGAAAGCUUCUGAGUUAAAACAAGAUGCUGCAGCUGCUGCUCAUGAUGCAGAAGUCAAAACAACGGAUACAGUACAUCAGGUUCAAGAAAAAGCUUAUGAACUUGCUGCUAGUGUUAAGGAAGCUUUCUUAACCGGUGAAAAACUUGCGGAGGAGAAAUUAGCUGCUGCUAAAAAGAUAGUUCAAGAAAAAACACAUGAAUUAGUUGAUACUGUUAAACAAACGGCUCAUGAUACAAGUGUUAAAGUACAAGAAUUAGAAAAAUCAACUGAAGGGUUCUUGACUGAAGCCGAGAAAUUAGGUGAAAAAAAAGUUGAAGAAGCAAAACAUUGGAUUGGCGAGAAAGGCUCUGAGGCUUUAAAUAAAGGUAGUGAAAUACUUGAUACAACACAACAUGCAAUAGUUAGUGGUGCAACUGCGGUGACUGAAACAGUUAAACAUCGAGUAGGAUCAUUGUCAGAAGCUGUUUACAAUAUUUCAGCAAACGAUGAUCAAGCUGAAGUUGUUUUCAAUGCUCCACCACCUGGCGGUGAAGGAGAAGUUGUUGUUCAUGUUCAACCAACCAAUGUUGAACCAGAAGAUGUUUUUAAUGCUCCACCAGCCGAUGUUGAAACAAAAGAUAGUACUGUAACAACAGUACAAGAUGAUGUUAAACAAUCAUUAGCAUCAACACAAACAGCUUCUCAUCCUGCACCUGGUGACGAAGAAGUUGCAACUAAAACUGAAACUACCAGUACAACAGUAACAGCUUCUGUUGUUACAACUGGUACUUCUACCACCGAUGGUGUUCCACAAGAAGCUUCUGUCACUCAAACAUCUGAUCAAACUGCUCUUGGUUCACAACCAGUUACUGCUGAUCAAGUAGCACCUGCUAGUGCAGCAGCAAAUAAACAGGGCGGUCCAAUCACAACAAUUCGUAAUUUCUUUAAAAACUUAUUUAAUUCAAAUGGUCAACGACAACAACCAAAUACUACCGUUCCAACGACUGAUACUAUUCCUGAAACAAACGAAACAACAACUGUUGCAACAAGCAAUCCAUCACAAUGA